AUAGUAAAGUACAGUUAUAAUAUAUGCGUUCGAUGCGACAUCUUGUUUACUUUACUACAUUUUAUGUAGUAGUGAGUUUAAUAGUGACUUUAGUGAGUGUCGGAAUUUUCAUUUAAUUGACAAUAUUUUUAAAUUGACAAAAAAGUUUUAAAUAGCCGAUGACAAAAUUUAUUUCAAUUACCAAUGGAGAAUAUAAACAAAGUGCAACUAUUAGAAUGGAAAAGACCAGACGAAGUAAUGCAGUUGCAUCGUUUAAAAAUGAAAAAACGUGCACUUCAAGCACGUAUAAAUAAUACACGCAUUAAUAGAGAAAAUUCAAAAAUAGGACCUACUCAAAAAACAAUUGAGAAUACGCAAAAUACUGAAUUAAAUGAAUCUAAUGAAUGUAUAGGUCAAAAACGAAAAAAUCCUUUCGUUAAGGAUGAAAUAAAAAAUAAAAAAUUGAAUAUAACAUCUCCAGAGCUGGAAACUAGUAAUGAUAACACAUUAUUCGAAUUAUUAAAACUUAAAACUCCUAAAAAAAAUAAAAUUGAGAAUGUAAUACUCGAUUGUCCAUUAACAUUCAGUAAUGCAUUUUUACAAUUGGAAACAAAUAAGAAUAUUUUAGAUUCAGAAAUUCCAAAAGGAGAAAAAUAUAUUCCAAUGGAUUGGACUUUAAAAACUAAAAUGAGAUUUAUGUCUCCAAAACCAUUUCCAUGGAAUUGUAAAUUAAAAACUAGUGAAGAAGCAUCAGGUACUACUGGUUUUGUAAGAUGUUUGGAUAUUAGUGAAAAAGAUUCAACUUUAGAUACUAGUCCAAAUGCAAGAUUACACAGAUGUUGUUUAAUUUGGCAACAUCCUUCAUUACCAUGGCUAGAGUUAUUUCCUCGCUCUGCUGGCAAAGUGAGUGCAAAUUUAACAAGUAAUAUAUCAAUAGUAAACAAUAUAGCCAUUAAAGAAGCUUUAUACAAAGAAUGGAGUGAAAGUUUUAGAUCUCUUUUUCAUUUAUUAAGAGCACGGCAAUGUCCAUAUUUUUAUGUGUGUGCAAACAAUUUUACUGUAUUAUUCCGUGCUGCUGGAAUAUGUGGAAUUUCUGAAGCUCAUGCACUUUUGACA